AUGGAUGAAAUGAACAGUGACUGUGGUGAGAAUGAGAUGAGAACUGAGAUACCUGAAACACCAAGAAGUAAAUUAACGCAGGCACUGAAAAGGGCAGAAAGAUUCACAGAAGAAAAAGAGAUGGAUCAGGCCCAGAGGGAAUGGAUGCGCUGUGUAGCUCUCACCAGAAUUAUCUAUGGAAAUGGACACUGGAGGCUGGCCCAAGCACUUGCUAAUCUUGCUCACAGCUACCUGACCCUUCCAGGUAAGGCCUUCUGCCCAGGUUUUUCAGCCCAGGCUCUGCAGCAUGCCAAUUCAGCCAAAGGUACCGUUUCAAUGGGUGGAAGCACCUCUCCAGCAUCCGCGGAGGAAAAGAGAGAGCUUUUGAGCACUCUUCUGAUGAUCUACUACACUUCGGGUGUAGCACACUGGAUGCAGAAAAAUAGCAAAGAAUCUUUUUGCAAUCUGCAAAAGGCGGAACAGGUCAUGGAAGAACUGAAGGGUACAGAGGGGAAAGAGGCCACUGAAUGGAAAAUCUUUGAGAAAAACCUAUCUACUGCACUGGGCAGGGCAUGUUUGCAGCAAAACAAGCCAGUGUUGGCGAUGAGGCAUUUUAAGAAGGCGAUCGCUGCUGUCAUUGCAGCUAGAGGAGAGAUGGCUCCAGAAUUGAUCGAUCUUUAUCAGGAAGUAGCCAACAUUGAACAAGUGAAGAAUAAUCACAAAAAAUCCAUAGGAUAUUUAUUGCUGGCCCAUUGCAUUGCAUUAACUGUGCACACAAAAUUCAGCGUUGAAGCAGCAUCCACAGCAUUACUACUGGGCAAGGCUUAUGCUGCAACUGGAGAACAAAAACAUGCAGAGACGGCUGAAAUGUAUUUCAACGAGAGUCUUGCGGCUUACAAAGCAGCACUGGGGUCAGACCAUUCCCAGACGAUUAAUGCCUUGGAGGACUUCAGUAAAUGGCUUGUGCAUGUAGGGAAGAGAGAGCAAGCCUACGACCUACUUCAAGAGUCAUUUAUGGCCCAGCCAGAUCUGUGUAGCGACUUCAAUGAAAAGGCAGCUGAAAGAUUUUAUAUUAUGGGUGGGAUCUGCCUAGCGGAACGGAAGGUUAAGGAAGGUUACCAGUGGCUCAGUAAGUGUACAGAGAUCAGGGUUGCUGUUUAUGGGCCCCGACAUAAGAAAUCUAAAGAGUUGCAAAAGCUCUUGAAGCUGCUGGAGACGUCUUCUGUUGUACGUGAAGGCUCCAGACAGCUGACCCAGCAGCAACAGCGGGCAUCAAGUCAAGCGCUGUGUUAA